AUGGCAACCUCGACAGCCACCAUGCCCAGCCCCAUCCCUACCACGUCGACUUCCCACCCUGACGACCCAAUUCCUGCCGAGCCAAAGGAUAUCCCACACCUCUCACUCCGGCCCUCGCCGGCACAGUCGCAGCCGGAGCAGACCUCCCCCAAAUCUUCAGGCGAGUCCACACUAUGGACCACCAGCAGCGAUGAGUCUGAGGCGCCCAUGACGCCCAUGACGGAGCCCGAUCCGGGCGUUGAGGAAGUAGUCGAUAAACUACAGGAACUGCCUACCUCGGCUGUCAAUUUCUCUGGGCAGACGCGUCCUCGCCGCGCAUCUACCACGCUCAUUUCGGACAACCCAAACGACAUCAGACGGAUACUGGGCGAGGGUGAGACGGCCACCAAGCUCAUCAGCCAGUGCUGCGGCGGAGGAUGCUGUCUGCUCAAGACACUGGCCCCGGACGCAUCGUCGCCCAACUUCAUACCCGUCGUCGUCCCCGACAACCAUGCCUUCCGGAGCCUCAAUCUCCAGCUGGGCCCGCUCGCCCUCGACAGCGAGCUCACCGACACAAUUCCGCUCCCUCCCGCCAACAUGUCCUUCGAGCCUCUGCCGUCCAAGGACACCAAGUACGUCUCGCAGGUGCACAAGACGCCGCCCAAGUACGUUCAGCCACACCCGCCCUACGAGGUCUACUCGGCGCCGCUCUACCACGCACGCGAGUUGACCAAGCCGGGCGCUGAGAAGAGAACCAUCCACUUCGACAUCGACGUUACCGACUACCCCGACGAGGGAGGCGUCGACUUCAAGGUUGGUGGUGCCGUCGGCAUCUGCCCUCCCAACUCGCAGGAAAUGGUCGAUGAGCUGUUCGAUCUCCUCUGCAUCCCCAAGUUUGUCCGCGACAAGCCAGUCACACUCAAGACGCAGACUGGAAGAUGGCCGACCAUCUGGGGCGAAGACGAAGCGCGCGAGCUUGUCACAACCAGACGCGAACUGCUGACCUGGUGUGCCGACAUCCAGUCGCACCCGCCCACCAAGAACCUCCUUCGCGUGCUCGCCGAGUAUGCCGAAGCCCCCAACGAGAAGAAGAUUCUGACAUACCUCUGCUCAGCCCAAGGACAAGCAGCCUUCUGCGACCUCCGUACCACUUCUCACUUCACAGUCUCACAGAUGCUCAGCGCCUUCCCUUCAUCGAAGCCGCCGCUACCGCACCUCCUCUCCGUCCUCACCCAGCUGAUGCCACGAUUCUACUCCCUCUCGAACGAUCCCCACAUCUCGUCUGCUCGCCCCGGCCUUCCCGGUACACGCCGUCUCAUCGAGAUGGCCGUUACAAUCCACGAGACACCCGAUUGGCAUGCUGAGGGUGCCACGCGCACAGGUGUCGGCAGUGGCUUCAUGGAGCGCAUGGCACACGCCUUCAUCACAGCCGAGAAUGAAGGCGUCGAUCCCCGCAGCAUCCUCGAUCUGCGCAUCCCCAUGUUCCGCGGACUCAUGGCGAACCCGCUGUCGAAGCAAUUUGGUGGUGAAGGCCCUAUGGUGCUCAUCGGAGCGGGCGUUGGCAUGGCCCCUUUCCGUGGCUUCAUCUUGAACCGUUUGAAGAAUGCCAAUUGCGCCAACAAGAUCUGGCUCAUCCAGGGUGUCCGAGACUCUAUGCUCGAUGAGCUCUACUCCGGUGAACUAGGCGACCACGAACGCGAAAUCAAAAAGGUCGUCCAGAGCCGGAAGGUCAAGGUGGGAGGCUCCAACGAGGUCAAAUACGUCCAAGACGAGGUGCGAGUACAGGCUGACAUCGUCUGGUUCGUCAUCAAUGCUCUCGACGGCCGUAUCUUUGUCUGUGGCUCUAGUAAGGGCAUGGGCGAAGGUGUUGAAGAGUCCCUAAUUGAUGUUGCGAUGCAAAAGGGCCGCCUGAGCGAAGCGCAAGCGAAGGAGUUCUGGGCCAGGAAGAAGGAGGACGGACAAUACAUCGCCGUAAGUACACUUUCCAAACCAUGCCUACCUUACACAUACUAA